GUUAGUUAUUUCAGGUUUUGUUCUAUAUAUUCCUUUCAAACUGCAAACGACAAUGGCUGAACAUUUAAAAUGCUUUAAUGGCAAUUUCUUACUUCUAAAAAUGCCCAAUGCAUUAUACUUUCAAUUCGCGAGGUGUCAGCAUACAACUAGAGGAAGGUUGAUGAUGUAUAUAUAAGACGGUUGUUGUGACCGCCCAUUCAGUAUCCUCCUAUAUUUGCAAAAUAUCAGACGGAAUAGAGACUAUGCUUAAUUUUAUAGUACGUCAGUCUGUUAAUUGAGAUAUUAUGGUCAAAUCUUCGAUUAACACGCAGUUAUUUGUGGUAAAUCGUCUGUGGAAGUGUUGUAACCGCUCAAAAUGGAACAAAGGAGAGGAGCUACAUGGCGAAGAGUACAUGUACGGCUUGCUUUUCUAGCUGUAUUUUUGCUGUUUACAAGAGUGGUAUUGGCACAGAUAAAAUAUUCUGUUUCUGAAGAGCAGAAAGACGGUACCCUCGUUGGAAAUAUUGCAAAGGAUUUAGGAAUUGACGCGAGAAGCUUAAGAGAGAGAGGAUUUCGCAUUGUGUCCUCCUCGGGGGAGUCAAGGUUUAAGGUAAAUCAGAAUGACGGGGCAUUGUAUGUUAGUGGAAACUUAGACAGAGAGACUGUGUGCGAGAAAAGCAUAUCGUGCACGAUCAAUCUCAAAAUCGCCAUGGAGAAUCCACUGGAGAUUCAUUAUGUGACUGUAGAAAUUAUAGAUGUAAAUGAUCAUGCUCCUGUUUUUACUGAAAAGGAAACGCUGUUAGACAUAUGGGAGUCAGCGUUACCCGGAAUGCGUUUUCAGCUUCAGCCAGCUCGCGACCCUGACAGCGGAUCAAAUUCUAUUCAAACGUAUAAACUCAGUCAGAACGAUCAUUUCCGAUUCGAAGUUAAAGAUCGUGAUGAAGACGGUAAAACUCCUAUUCUGAUAUUACAAAAACAGUUAGACAGAGAAUCUGCACAAAACGUAAAGUUAUUAUUAACUGCUGUAGAUGGCGGGAAACCAUCAAAAUCCGGAACAACGGAAAUAACUAUAAAUGUGCUCGAUAUAAAUGACAACGCGCCUGUUUUUACUGAAGAUUCCUAUACUGUAAUGCUGCAUGAAAACGCGCCUAUAGGUACAACAGUAAUACAGUUGAACGCCACCGAUUUGGAUGACGGUUCAAAUGGUGAGAUUGUUUAUUCAAUAGGUAAUAAUGUAAACAAUAAAUUACGCGAACUUUUCGAAAUAUCUCCGAUCACUGGCGAAAUCAUUGUGAAGGGAAUUUUAGAUUUUGAAGUCAAAGACAAAUAUGAGAUUGAUAUUCAAGCAUCCGACAAAGGACUUGCACCAAUGACUUCAGACAAAACAGUGACGAUAAAGAUUGUAGAUGUAAAUGACAAUGCGCCUGAGAUAGAAGUGACAUCAUUUUCAAGUGUUAUUCCGGAAGAUUCUAGGUCUGGGACUACAAUUGCUUUGAUAAGUGUAUCUGAUUCUGACUCUGGGGUCAACGGAAAAGUUUCUUGUUCAGUAACUGAAGACAUGCCUUUCAAGCUUAUUUCAUCCUCACAUGAUAAUGUUUACUCCUUAGUUACAUCGUUAGCACUGGAUAGGGAAAUGACAUCUCAAUAUGAUAUUACAUUAACUGCAAAAGACGCAGGGAACCCGCCAUUGUCAUCGAUGAAGACUAUAACUGUACAAGUAUUAGAUGUAAAUGAUAAUAGUCCAGAGUUUAUUAAUUCUCCAUACACUUUUUAUGUAAUGGAAAACAAUACUCCAGGAACAUCUUUAUUUUCCGUAUUUGCUUUCGAUCGAGACUCGGGUGAAAAUGCAGCUGUCAACUAUCAAAUAUGGAGAGAUAAUCUGAAAGAGAACAAGUACACAUCGUUCAUCAAUGUGAAUUCCGAAAAUGGUGAGAUAUACGCAUUAAAAAGUUUCGAUUUUGAGACAGUAAAAACGUUCCAGUUCCACGUGCUCGCUACAGAUUCUGGAACUCCAUCGCUAAGCAGCAACGUCACAGUGAACGUGUUCAUUCUGGAUCAGAACGACAAUGUUCCAGUGAUCUUAUAUCCAGUCAGUGCUAACGGUUCUGCUGAAGGUGUGGAGGAGAUUCCCCGCAAUGUCAAUGCAGGACAUUUGGUGACUAAAGUAAGAGCCUUUGACGCGGAUAUAGGAUACAACGGCUGGUUAUUGUUUUCAUUGCAGGAAGUGAGUGACCACAGUCUGUUCAGUUUGGACCGCUAUACAGGACAGAUAAGGACUCUUCGCUCAUUCACAGAAACAGAUGAGGCUGAACAUAAACUGGUCAUACUGGUAAAAGACAAUGGAAACAUUUCACUUUCAGCAACAGCGACUGUGAUCAUAAAACUUGUGGAGCCCAAAGAAGCCUUUGCAUCUUUUGAUGUUAAAAACUCAGUAAAAGACGUAGAAGACAAUAACGUUACGUUUUAUUUGAUUAUUACUUUAGGAUCGGUUUCAUUUCUUCUUAUUAUCAGUAUUAUUGUGCUAACUGUAAUGCAGUGCUCCAAAUCUACAGACUAUUCCUCCAAGUAUUUACAAGAAACAAAUUACGAUGGGACACUGUGUCACAGCAUCCAGUACAGAUCCGGAGAUAAACGCUACAUGUUAGUUGGACCAAGGACGAGUAUUGGUUCUACUCUAGUUCCAGGCAGUAAUGGGAAUACUCUUGUGAUACCAGAUCGGAGGAGGGGAACAUCUGGUGAGGUAAGAAGGAUUUACCUAGGGUUUAUUCCAAAUGAUGUGCAAACAAUGAUACAAACAACCAAACAAACAACUAGCUAA